AUGGAGAGAUCUAAGAAGUCUCACAGGUCUCGUCAAUCUGGCCCCUCGGCCAAGAAGAAAUCCGAUACUGAUAAGAAGAAACGAGACCUCGCCGAUGAUAAGAAACGAGACCCUAGUACUGAUAAGAAGAAACGUGACCUCACCGAUGAUAAGAAGCGAAACCCUAAGGGCAAGAGGGAAACAACCAUCGAAAUCGACAACGCCAUCUCCAAAAUUGACCGGAAAGCACCUCUGUUCAUCAUCACUGGCAGAUCCAUCCUAGUCUCCCUUCUUUCCGUCACUUCUCACAAUAGAGAAACAAAAGGGGAGAGUCGAUUAUGA